AUGUCCUUAGCUAAGCUCGAUUACACUGGCUCGGACAGUGUGCAAGAAAUUGAAUAUCAGACAUUGUCUUCUGAUUUCUCUCAGGGUCAAAUUGAUCGUCCCGAACGUUUGCAUGAGUGGUUGAAGAGCGAAGAGAUUGAGAUGCUUUAUUCUGUAUUUAGCGUAAAAGAAACGUUAAAUUAUCCCGAACUACGAGAAGAAUUAGAGAAACUUAAUAUUAAAUUCACUGAUCUUGAAUAUAAUCGUUUGUUUUUGAAAAUAAAUCAAAAUCGUGAUUUCGAAUGCGAUUGGAAUGAAUUCAUUUCGUAUUUGAUAUUUGGGUUUCAAGAAGAUGAUCCCUCCAGUCAGAAAGAAGCACUUAUAUUGCCAAUAUCUACACCUCCCAUAAUUAGAAAGUCGGAGCAUCGUUCGGCUGUUUGCGCCAUUGCACUAUUGAAGGCAACAAGCGAUAUGGACGGGUUCGAUGAAGACGAGAAAAAGAAAGAAGAGGAAUUAAAUGAAGAAGAGCUACAAAAUAAGAAGAUCCUUAGCAAUGUAGCAUUUGAAGAAUCACCAGAUACGGCAGGGGUGUGGAUAACAGCUAGCCGGGAAGGGCAAAUACGUUUCUGGACAAUGGGCUUGGAACCAGUGCGUACCUCAACGUCUGAAAGCAUACACCUUAAAAUGCCCACAUGGAUACUAUGCGUAAUUGCUUUGUCAGACGUCAAUAUUGUGUGUACUUCUUCUACGGAACGUGAGCUACGUUUCCAUGAGAUGGUAGCGUCCACCUUUAGUUUACGUAUUGUUAUACGCAGUUUACCUUUCGCAGUCUGCAAUAUGAGCUAUAGCUUUCAUCCUCGUGGAAAAAGCAAUUCAAAAUUAGUUCUAGGCGAUUAUGGGGGUAAUGUACGUGUCUUGGAAUUCGAUCCGCAUUUAAGAGGACCAUUCCAAAGUAAACCAGGAGCAGCUUUGAUAGAACUUUUUUGGACCGAUGUGUUAAAGGGAAAGUUAGUGCAAUUAAAGUGUCGUGAAUAUAUAAAAAUACAUAGGGAAAUGAUACAAUGUGCUUUUUUCUCCAUUGCCUUAAAUUCUUUAUUUGCUGCCGCCGAAUACCGCAACACGAAGAAGUAUCGUAGCCGUUGUGCCGGCCUCGUAGUUAUUUAUGGCGAUGAAAAAUCUUCCUUCCGCAUACCGUUGGGUGUUACUACAUUCUCUGUAGAUGAACGAAAUAAUAUUGUGGUAACAGGCGGACCAGAUAUGUUUGUCCGGAUUUGGGAUGUUUACAUUCCAGGUGAACCAUCGGGCGUUUUGACUGGGCAUAACAGUGGAAUAGUUAAAGUUUUUACACAAUCCGAAGACCAGAAAGCGUAUAGUAUAGACUAUCAAAAAGUAAUUAAAGUUUGGGAUAUAUCUGAACAUUCCUUAUUGCAAACUUUUGGUGAUCUCAUACGCAUAUUUCAUGGCGAAACUGAUCUUGUAUAUCAUUAUCACAAGCAACUAAGAGUACUUUUGGUCGGCGGUCGCAAAUUGGUGGCAAUUAAAUGUAAUCCACGCGUGCGCGUAGAUUUAACUGAUGGUAAUACGCAUGCGUCCCCCGUAUCAGUGGUAUUAUAUAAUAGAUUGUUUCGAAAUGUGGUUACUUGCGGCCUAGAUAGUUUCAUUAUUGUUUGGGAUCCUUGGUCUGGCAGACGUAAAAUUAUUAUGAAAAAUUGCCACACUAAACAGGUCUACGGUGAAAAUAUCGAUAUUGAAAUUACAGCGGCUUGUUUCGAUCCGCUGGAACAAUUUCUACUGACGGGUGCCCGUGAUGGUUCCCUAAAAAUCUGGAAUUAUAAUAAUGCGGUAUGCAUACGUAACAUGAGCAUUAAGAGUGAACAUGAAGUAACUGCAGUUAUUUGGGUAGUAGAGAGAAUAUUAGCUGUUGGUUGGGACCAGCAGGUCACUGAGUUUAAUGAUGUGGAAGGCCGUGAAUAUACAGAUCCUAAGAUAUGGCCAACAUUUCAUACUGAUGAUAUUACUUGCGCCGACGUUAAAUUAGGCGAAGGUGUUGUCACGGCAACGUAUUCCGGUGAAUUAAUAUUUUGGAAAUUGGAAACGGGUCAACCAUACAGACGCUAUAAUGUGGAAAAUCCUACAGAAUUUAUCGAACUAAAGCAUACUAAAACUGUACACGGAGUUGGGGGAUCGCCCCGUGGUUCCAAAGAUUCGCCUUUUGAUUAUCAUAUCAGUGUGUCGCACAGUUUGCGCAGAUCGGUUAUGAAUUCUAUAAAGGAAGUGGAAGAAGAGUUUGGUAUAAAAGCUUAUCGUUACACCGGUAGUAAACUAAUCGAAGCUGACCAGAGGGAAGAUGACUAUUUACGGGAACGUAAAAUUCUAGCCCCAACUUUGCCGAUGUCAGUCCAAGCUGUCUUAUUUUUACAAACACGACCAAUGACAAAGCAACAUGGCAGCGUUCUUGUAUCUUUAGAAACUGGUAUUAUACAAGUGUAUUCCCAUCAUCAACGCGGUGGCUAUUUAACAGAAUUUAAUGCUAUACACAAAGUCGGUGAUUGUGUUUUAACCAUGUGCACGGAUCGAAAAAAUCGUUACUUGUUCACUGGUACUGCGUGCGGCUAUAUAAAAAUUUGGCAUAUUCAGAAUUUUUGCAUACCAGAUUCAGAAAAGGUGAAAAUCUGCAUGCCCCUGUUGCGUUUGCAAUUUAUAUUUUUGCGUAAGGAGAGAUUUUUACCACGUGCAAAGCGGGCAGUACGUAAUCAAAAGGAACCGUUAUUAAUUAACUCAUACAAGGGCCAUUUAAAAGCAGUAAAUUCUGUGGUUUUUAUUAAUUUACCAAAAUUUUAAUUACGUAAGGGCAGUCAUGAUUGUUCGGUACGCCUUUGGAGUAUAGGCGGGAGAUAUUUGGGUACUUUGGGCACCCCGUUGCCUUGGAGAAAGAUGUCACCUUUCGAACCGAUAACUGAUGAAGCGCGUGGUUUGCGUUUUCCUCCCGAUAUCAAGAAAGUUGCCAGCUCUACUACCAUGAAGGUUAUUGCCGGCGUUCAACCAAAAAUUGUUAAGAUGCGCCAGUCUCAGCAAAAUGAACGCGAAGUAGCUGAAGAGGAGGAAGGUAUGCGUUUCUAUGGUAAACCAUUGCGCGAGCCUAUUCUAGGAAAACACUUUCAGUUGCCCGGUCGCGGGGCAAUGGAACAAACAAUUGAACUGGACGUUGCUAGCUCUUACACUCCAGUGUACUCACAUUUGAAAGUUCAUGAUGCUGGUAAUUUGGAGCGACCACCUACACCGCCGGGAAUUCGACGUAUGGCAAAGGAAAGCUAUAUGGACUUUUACGAACCGAUUCCUGUUCGAAGCGAAGCCGUUAAAACGGGUAGUUUGUGGGCUUACAUAUUAAAACCAGGGCGACGAGGUAGUUCUUAUGCACGGGAUUCAGUUUUCUUUCGAGAAGGAUCAAAAGAAACUAAGGAUUAAGUGCAGUGUAUGCCUUAAAAUGGUUCCGUCUCUUUUGGCUGCGAAUGUAUAGAGAAUAAGCUUGCCAAUGCUUGCUUUCUACUUUGACGUGCAAAUA